CCUCCUGUAGAGUUCUACUGGAGACAUCGGAGAAGGGGCGGCCAAUCCCUGCCUGACGUCAGCUGUAGUAGGGCUGCAGCCCGCUUUCCCAAGAGCCCCCGGGUGGGCUUUCUAGCUGAGGAGAGCUUAUUGCUCGGGCGUGGGUCACUUCGGGUGAAAUAUCGCGUCCUGUCGCGUAAGGGUUAAUGACGGCCCGGGCUGGAGCUUUUCUGAAAGAAUCCAUUCUAUAUGUAAAGAAAUGGAAUUCCUUUGAAGAAAGAAUCCUGUUUCACGACUAUGAGUGGAGUGGAUUUAAGAAGCGUAAAGAUGCAGAUAUUGUCUGUAUGCUAAAAAGUAAUUCAUGAAUUGGUCAUUAAAAAGAAGAUGUAGUUAUUUGUUUGAAAUGGUCACUUGUUGACCCUGGACUUUUAUUCCAUUUUACUGUGAAUCGAUUGGCAAUAGAUUUUUUUUCAAAAGCGAGUGAUUGAUACAGUACAAUCCAGUACCCCACAAACAAGCUGAACACUUUUUAAGUAAGUAUGACAAGUGAAAUCAGGCAGUUUCAGCCACUGACUAAAUAUAAUUGCCAGAAAUGCAGAUUCUCAACAAAAGACCCAAAAAGGUACAGAACACAUGUGUCUAUUCACAAUGACAUCAAGUUUGCCUGUUCACAUUGUAGUUAUGUAUCUUACACAAAAGGAGACUUUCAAAGACAUUUGGUGACGCACACCGGCAAAUUCCCUUAUACAUGUGAAUACUGUGGCUAUGGGGCUGUUCGAAACGAUUAUAUUGUCAAGCAUAUCAGAAGAAUUCAUGGUGACGGCAAGAUACAGUGUUCCGUAAGCGGUGCUGAAAAUGACUUAAAAAAUGCAUCAGUUAAUUUAAUUCAAAGUCAACUGCAAAACAGCCCACAAGAAAGUUUGCAGACAAAAACUUCUAAUGUUAUUGAUUUAACAAAUGAUGCAGAAAAUGGUGACACUCGCAAUGCAGUCGAUUCAAAUGGCAAUAAAAUAAGUGCUGUGCAGGGGGUUCUUGUGGAAGUUGAAGUAAUGUCUCCCCUACAAGAGGAAUUACGCCCGGAAAUGCCUUUAACUGUUGUCGCACCAUCAGGGUUGAAAGUACCAAACAAUUGUUUCGCUCAGGUUGUGGAUGUAAGGCCCAUUAAUGGUACGUACCGCUUAAUCUUACAGUGUCUGAAACAAGGAGACUCAGAAUUGGUUGAUUUAACGGUUACAGAUAAAACUUGUGAAGAGCAAUGCUUGGAGAACAAUUCCAAUACUAACCCACCUACAGCUGGCACUACUGUGUGCUCAUUGGGAGGCAAUGUUUCGCUGAAUGAAUAUGGUUCUGUAGAAGCCUUAAGCAAUCCUGUUAAUACAGACAAAGGUCCCAGUGCUACUUGUUUUUCUCAAACGCAGGUUGCUACAGACAAACAGAUCAACGUUGAGUCUGAUACACAAAUAAAUUCUGGGAAUGUCAGCCCAAUUCAAGAAGGACCAUUUAUUUCUUCUGUAUUUUCACUUAGUAGUGGCUCACAAAAUAUCCUGGAAGGAAUACGCUGGGAAAAGGGCCAUGCCAGUAGCAGAGAAACAAAGGCGCCUCAAGACACAAGCAAAACCUUAAACACACCUCCGACGAAAUCGGCCAAUUCAACUGUUGCUGGAAAUACUCUUUCCAUGCCUGAAACACCUAUAUCAAGUGUUAAAUCAUUACCUUUCAGUAAUUCUUUGGAAAUGCAGAGCUCUUCCUUGUUAAAUCGUGUGGAAAUGAAUGUCCAUAAAGAUCGCAGCCACCAAACAGAGACCAAUAUCUGUGCCAAACCUCAAACCCUUUUUCUGUCUUGUGACAAAUCUGUUGUUAUGCAGCCAGUUACCUGUGCCGUACAGAAUGAUCCGAAAAUGUCUAUUGCGCUGUUACCUAAAUCAAUCACUUCUGUGACAACAAAUACACAACAGCAAAAACAGCUUAUUGAUGCUGAAAGAACAAAUAAAAUUGGACAGAAUGGUAAAAUGCAGACUGAUGUAGACAAUGGGCAGUCAUUAAAAUCAAUAAAGAAGCAAAAAAGUUAUUCUAAGGAAAAGGAAAAAACGCUUUUCAAACCUGUGUCUUCACAAACUCUCCGGCUUCUGCCUCUUAAAGAAGAUCAGUUACUACAAAUUCCUUCCUUUAACCAGCCGGUGGUUGUAUUAAAUCAUCCAGAUCUGGAUACAUUGGAGAUUAUCAGUGUUAUGACAGCUAUCAGUAAAUUUAAAGGGAAAGUCCUCAGUGUAACACUGUGCAAACAAAUGUGCGAGCCAAACCGCUCACAUAAUGGAAAAUCGUUUGACCUAAGAUAAGAAAUGUGUUGUGUAAAUUUUAUUAUACCGCUGUUAAGGUAGAUGAAAUGAGAUGCUCAUCAGUAGAAAUCUUAGGGAGAAGUUAUUAGGAUUUUUUUUAAAAAAAAUAAACUUCUGACCUCAUAAAGAAUUUUAGAUGACUGGUUGUUUUUUUUUUUAAUUCCUACCUGCGCCUACAUUAAAAUGUGCCUUAAACGAACUUUUCAUUAAAUCCUUUUGCAAAUUAUACAUCUGUAUUGGAACUUACUUUAUUAUAUAAUUGUUCCAAUAUGUAUCAACUGUUUUUCACUGGAAGAGUAUCUGUUGCCUAUAAAUAGGGACCCAGAUAUUUAUUAGGGAGACAGUAUUCUGUGUAAUUCUGCACUUGUGACAUGGGUACAUUUAACAGUUUAUACUCAAAUCCAAAAAUUUUUGGUACGUGCUAGUUUUGCUUAUAUGUAAGGCAGAUAUUUUUAAUGGAAUUUUUUAUUUUUACUGUUUUUAAAUUAGGCAGUUUCUAAUUGCUGAAUAACUGUGACGCCCCCCCCCCCCCACGUCAGAGGUGUUCCACUGUGUGGAGCAGAUGACUUAACCUUUAUAGUAUUAUAUGUAAGUGCUUUACUUGGUAUCUGAACGAUACAACGUUAAUACAAGGGCCAGCUCCUCUAGUCAAACAAAAUCCUACAACGGUUAAUUUUACAUUAAGGUAUGUUUUAAUAAAGGUUGAAUACUUUUAGUAUGUUUCCUCAUGUCAAAACAUGGUGAAACCCUUCAGGUUUAAUGCAAUGUGCUGCAUGCAUUCAAUUUGUUUUUCUAAGUAUUUCAUUUGAAAGUGUUGUAAAUUUUUUGGCCAUCAGUUGAACAUCUGUAUAUCAUUAAAUAUGAUUUCUAAUAAUAAA